AUGAGGCCGCGGCUUCUCCUGCUCGCCGCCGCCGCCGCGGCCUUCCAGAGCCCGCAACCGCCAAAACGCCGCUGUUCGCCGCUCGCCGCCGCCGCGGUCGAGCAAGAGAAUCCCCUCGCGAUCCUCGGCUUAGACGAGUGGAGCAUCCGGUUCUUUACCAUCGAUAAGCGCCGGCGCCAAGCAAAAAAACUCGCGAAGAAGGCGAUCAUCGACUGCCAUCCCGACACGGCGGACGGCGGCGGCGACGUCGCGCGGCUCCAGGAGGUGCUCCGCGCGUCCAAGGUCCUGGACGCGGAGGAGGUCCUGAACGUCGAAGGCCACCUGGACGUUGACUGCCUGCUCGACGCCGAGGCGGGCGCGUCGUCCGAGGCGAUGGCCAGCAUGCAGCAGGAUUUCGUCGAGGCCGCCCCCGCCAAGCGCCGCUCGCCCCGGUCCUCCCUCUGGGGCAACUCAGCCGUCCCCGGGAACCACCAAGCGGCCACGGGCAGCAAGGUCGCCGAGCAGGCGUCGGCCGAGCAGACGGCCGCCGAGCAGGUGGCCGCCGAGCAGGUGUCGGCCAGCAUGAAGCAGGCGCACGUCGCCAAGGUCUGGGGCAACUCGGCGGUCCCCGGAAACCACCAAGCAGCCACGGGCACCAAGCUCGGCGAGCAGGCGUCGGCCGAGCAGGCGGCCGCCGAGCAGGUGUCGGCCAGCGUGGAGCAGGAGCGCGUCGCCGAGGCCGCUCCCGCGAAGGCCGCGACCCGCGACUCUCUGCCCCGAUCCUCUCUCUGGGGCAACUCGGCUGUCCCCAGACCGACGAGCCACGUCGUCGUCGGGAGGACGGCCGCGCACGACCGGCGCGCCCGCACGGAGGAGGCCGCGCGGGAGGCCGCGGCCAAGGUGGUCGCGAACCUCGAGCGGCUCGAGCUCAAGCAGGACGCGGCGGCCCCGGUGGCCGACAACGUCCAGGAGGACGCGGCGGCCCCGGUGGUCGCGAACCUCGAGCGGUUCGAGCUCGAGCAGGACGCGGCGGCCCCGGUGGCCGACAACGACGAGGCCUACGUGCCGCCGCUCGGCGACCGCGUCGCCGGCGCCCUCGACGGGCUCGUGGCGGACAAGCCCGCGAACGCGGGCGCGUCGUCCGCGCCGGCUUUGCUCGCCGUUGCUGCGGCCGCCGAGCAGGCCGCCGCCGCCGAGCGGCCGCCGCCGCCGAGCGGGCCGCCGCCGCCGAGCGGGCCGCCGCCGCCGAGCGGGCCGCCGCCGCCGAGCGGGCGGCCGCCGAGCGGGCCGCCGCCGAGCUGGCGGUCGCCGAGCUGA